AGCCUCCGAAAAAAAAGGCGUCUGAUUGUUGUUGCAGCUGAUAGGCGUCUGUCCCUCCUCACCAUACCCUUUCCCGAACCGCCAGGCGGGUUCGUACUUGCAAUCCUAUCUUCGCUCGGAUAGGAGAAACCUUGCGGCGAACGUCUGGCGACGCGAGGGUCUGAUCGCAGCGGCCCCAGCAGGCUCUGCGACGAUGUCGAUGGCAAUGGCGGCUCGCCUUGCACCUGCCACCACUCCUUUGACAACCGCGCGUCGUGCGGCUCUUCGUACCGGACACCGUCUUGCACUCGCGGCGCCGGACGUGUCGCGGGUUAGGGACAGGCGAGGUGACCCAACCUAUCACGUGAUGACGUCAGCCAUGCCACAUCGCCAACAAGUCACCAUCGCUCAAGCCACAGCUGCUCUGCACCGUGCCGAACCUGUCUCCACACCUGAGGUGGAGGCCCUGCUGGACAGCAUCAAGUGGGAUGAGAAGGGGCUCGUGGUGGCCAUCGCCCAGCACGCCGACACAGGCGCCAUCCUCAUGCAGGGCUUUGCGGAUCGCGACGCGGUGUCGGCCACGCUGGCGUCUGACCGCGCCACCUUCUUCAGCCGCUCCAGGAAGUGCCUGUGGACCAAGGGGGAGACCUCAGGGCACUUCAUCAAUGUUCUCGACAUGUACAUUGACUGCGAUAGAGACACGAUAAUUUAUCGUGGCAUUCCUGACGGCCCCACAUGCCAUACUGGCACCGACACUUGCUUCUUCACAAAGAUUGAUGCAUCUUCCGAUCCACAUGUGAAGUGCGAGUCUGCUUCUGGCGAGGAUGUUGCCUGUGCUCAGAGCACUCUCUUCCAGCUAGAGGGGGUCAUUGCGGCCCGGAAGAAGCAGAUGGAGCAGCAGCAGGAGGAGCAGGAGAAGACAGGGGAAGCACCGGUGAAACCAUCCUGGACGGCGCGCUUGCUUUCAAAUCACUCACUGCUUUGCUCCAAAAUCAGGGAGGAGGCUGAUGAGUUGUGCCAAACCUUGGAAGGGAAUGAGACGAGGUGAACGAGCAGCUUCUGAAAUGGCCGACGUUCUUUACCAUUCCAUGGUUUUGCUUGCAGUCAAGGGUGUCAAGAUGGAAGAUGUGGUGGGCCAUCUACGCAACAGGUUUUCCAUGUCUGGAAUUGAUGAGAAGGCCAGUAGGUCUCCGAAGAACAAACAUUGACAUCUCUUGGUUUGUUAGAUUAGUUUUGAUAGAGCUGAAUAUAGAUUUCGAAAGAUAAUUUCUGUAGAGUAAUGCUGUGGCUGCUUCAUCAAUGUGAAAGAAAGGUUGAUUGGAGAACAUAUCUGUU